AUGGGACUGCUCCUUGGUGCAUUAGCCAGCCCUGCACCCGAUCAUGCACUGCAGCAAUUGAUGCAGGUUCCACCUAGGAACCGCCAAGAUGUGUUUGGUAGCCCUCCAUUCACCCCUGGACAUCAGGACCCCUUCGACCACAAGAUUGACUCGGUCGGCGAGGGCCGUGAACCAUUACCGUUCCGCAAUGGCGAAGGAGCGACCGUCCAGGGCCCGCGAAACAAAGACCGCGAGCGUCAGAACCCUGACCUCGUUCGUCCUCCCAGCACUGAUCAUGGCAGCAUGUCCAACAUGCGGUGGAGCUUUUCUGACUCGCAUACGCGCAUUGAGGAAGGCGGAUGGACACGCCAGACGACGAUCCGCGAGUUGCCCACAAGUCGUGAGCUAGCUGGGGUCAAUAUGCGCUUGGAUGAAGGCGUCAUUCGAGAACUGCACUGGCAUACCGAAGCUGAGUGGGCAUAUGUUCUCGCAGGUCGAGUUCGGGUCACUGCACUCGACCCCGAUGGAGGCAGCUUCAUGGACGACCUUGAGGCUGGAGAUCUGUGGUAUUUCCCGGCAGGACACCCGCAUUCUCUGCAAGGACUUAGUCCCAAUGGCACUGAGUUUCUCCUGAUAUUUGAUAAUGGCCACUUCUCUGAAGAGUCUACUUUCUUGCUGACGGACUGGAUGGCACACACAUCCAAGUCGGUGCUAGCUGAAAACUUCCGCCUGUCUCCCGAUAAGUUCAAGUCAAUUCCGACCUCAGAAAAGUACAUUUUCAAGGGAUCAAUGCCGGAUAGCAUCGAAAAAGAGAAGCCCCGUGGCUUCCGUAAGUCAAAAUUGCAGUUCACACAUCACAUGCACGCACAGGACCCGAUUCGGACAUCGGGGGGCCAGGUGAGAAUUUCAGACUCCACCAAUUUUCCAAUCUCGAAGACAGUCGCUGCAGCCCAUUUGGAGAUUGAGCCUGGUGCACUUCGAGAGAUGCACUGGCACCCCAACGCGGAUGAAUGGAGUUACUUCAAGAAAGGUCGUGCACGAGUCACAAUUUUUGCUGCCGAGGGCAAUGCGCGGACAUUUGAUUACAUGGCUGGCGAUGUCGGUAUUGUUCCCCGCAACAUGGGGCACUUUAUUGAGAAUUUGAGCGAUGAUGAGCCUUUGGAAGUACUUGAACUCUUCCGGGCGGACAAGUUUCAGGAUUUCUCGCUCUUCCAGUGGCUGGGAGAGACGCCAAGACGGAUGGUUGCGGAGCAUAUCUUUGCCUCUGACCCUGAUGCUGCAGAGGCUUUCUUAAAACAGAUUGAAGGGGCUGAGAAAGAUCCCAUCAAGGAUACCAGCUCCUAG